AUGUAUUGUGACUGCCCGCAAUUUCAAAGGUGUUGCUUCUGUUUGCCUUUAAGAAGAGGAGUUCUCGUGAUAGCAUAUUUGAAGAUUUUAUUCAGCGCAUUCAUGGUGGGUGUGUACAGUUAUGAGGUACAUGUUGAAAGCAAUACCGAACUAUUGUACCAAGGCCUCAGUGUCAGAUUACCAGCCGAGGCUUGCGUCUUCAUAUAUUGUGUAGAAUGCGUGUUUGCAGCAAUACUCAUCUAUGGAACACAUAAGAGAAUAACAAGACCUGUGAAAGUAUAUUACUACUUUUCCAUAUGCACGCUCGUGUCAUCAGUACUGAUGCAAAUAGUGGAUAUAUUCAGCAUAAACUCGCAUUCCUCCUUUUUCAUAUUUGAGUUGGGCUUACUUUGCUUCACUGGUAUAUGUAUACAAUUAUAUUUAUUGUUGCUUGUAUGGAAUUUGCUGAAGAAGCUUGAUGUGGAUGGUCCACACGUGUACGAUAACCAACUGCACCAGUUCAUCAACGGCGAUCUGAAGUUGGAAUCCAACGGAGUUUACAACCCUAGCACGAUUCCAGUAGAAGUGUAG